AUGAAUGGAAAUCAAUACUUGGAAGUGCCCAUGCCAGGUACUACAACUCCAAAUCCAUACUUUGACGGGCCGUUACCAGUAGGAAUUAAUGGCAAAAACAUUCUGAUUAUUUUUCAAGAUGUAACAAGAUUUACAAACUCCUACAUUGUUGAAAAUUCUCAGCUUCAAAAAGCUUUAAAUUUUUUUGAUGCUGAUACAUUUAACUCAGAAACAGUACGUGUUAUGUUCCGAGUAUGUGACGAAGACCGAAAUCAUGGAAUCGACUUUUCGGAGUUUCUAAGUCUCUGGAGACGGCUAUUGCAUUUUCAGAAAAUCUUUUACAAUCUCGAUUCUAGUGGUCUUGGUGGUCUUUCGUUUGACAGAUACUACGAAGGUCUACAGGAAAUGGGGUUUUCAUUGAGCCGUAGCUUUUUCGAAUAUUACUUUUGGAAGCACAUUCCAGGUAAUAUUAUUCAGCAGCAUUCAAGAAGCUAUACAGCUCCAGUUAUGAGUUUUGAUAGCUUUGUACAGUCAUGUUUAAACCUGCAAAGGAUGACAUUAAUAUUUAAAAGCCUUGAUAGCUCCAUGACUGGAAGAAUAUCGAUGCCUUAUAACCAAUUUCUCGAAGGUAUCUCUUCUCUCAUCUAG